CCAAACUGCAACAGCAACGGCCAGCCAGCCGCAUAAUCAACAUUUUAUGGGCAAGCGUGUGCGGCAAAAGCCGAACCGGACCCGAACGGCGCACCGUGUGGAACCCGAAUCGAGUUCGUCGUCUUGUCGGCCGUCCGCUGCCAGCCAGUUGAUAUUCAGCUUUCGUUCGGUCGGGACGUUCUACGGGAAACAGGUUUUCCUCUCCGUGAGCGAUUUUUUCUUUUAAUUUUUGUGGAUUCUGUUACCCACCACCGUGCUACGACGACGACGACGGUUCUGGGCUCUUUCUCCGUGAACUCGUCGCGCGGGAUGAUUCUUCUUCUUCAUGUUGUUCUUCGUCGCGCUGUGAACGGCCGAAAAGAGAAAAACGAACAUCGGGACCCGGACCGGAGAACCAUUCAUCAGUUUUAGUGGUGGAAUACAAGGAUCUAGAGAGAGAGGGAGGGAAGUGCGGUGUUUUGUGCAAUCUCCUCUCCGGGAUCGAGUCAACUCGAAGAGUCCCUGUUUUGUAUUAUGUUCGGAAAGGUUUUUUUUUUCGCCAGUGCCUGAUAUAACAAAAGGAUUAAUGAAUUUCGCUCCGAGAACAGAGUCGUGAAUUCCGAUAACCAUUAAUCUCGUGCGCGAAGAAACGAUCGGAGGAGGCGGCGACGGGUCGCCCCGGGUAACGACGACCACUCUUCUACGGGUUUGAAAGUGGGCGAAUUCUCGGCCUGGAAUCGUUCAUGUGUGUGCCGCCGCUGCUGCUGAGCCAAGGAAAGUGAUUGUAGUUUUGGGCCGUUAAAAUGAAACGAAAGUUUACCUUGCCACGGCAGAAAUGUUUACCCCGCUGGCGAAAAGUGUGUGAAAGAAGAGUCCUAAAGUGAAAUACAGUGUGUGAGCUGUGGAAAAUUUCAUUAACAGUUUUGGAAUUCUACCGGAUAAGCAACGAAAUCGGAUUUCGGUGAGGGCAGAGAGAUUCAAGCAGGCACAUACAUACAUCAAUGCAAGGCGGAUAAAUGAAAGUGUGCCGUGCCAAGGCAUGUUGGGGCCCACCGCCAAUGGCCGUUUAAUGGGACCUGGAACCAUCGGUUCGUCCGGAUCGGCACACCAACGGAAUCUGUGGCCGUCGGCCGCUGCGGUAGCCACUAGCAGCAGCAGCAGCAAUCACCGUUCGUUCGAGUUUCAGACCAGCAAUGGCGAAGUGACGGAAUCGUUGUUUGCAGCAGGCGGGUAUAAUACACCCCCGGCUAGCUCGCCGUUUCUGUCCUGCUCCCCGUUGGAGCUGGUCGCCAAGAAUUUCCACAGCACCGGGGCAGCCGUCACCUUCAGUCAAGCCAAUAGCAGUAUAUUCGUGCAGUCACAGACGGACUUCAUCAAUGGAACCACGGCGGUUGCCAAAAAGACGGAGACCUGCAUCGGCAGGUGGGAGCACGGCACACUAGAGCCGCUGCAGAUACAAAUUAAACGUGAACCGUGCCAAGUGUCCGAAGUAACCACAUCGAACAACUUCGAGGCUAGCAGCAGUACGACAACGGCACUGACGGCCGUUGUCAAAUUGGAAGCCCCCUCGCCGAAGGCUGCCGUCCCCGUCAAUCUCGGAACCGCCAUGGACCACAUUGGAAUCACCAGCACGCAGAAUAACGCCGCGGCGGCUACGAUUCCGGUCGGCAUUGCCGUCGCCCGUCAGCGGUUGCAGGACUCGACCGGUGUCGGUGUCGGCGGUCCGCUGGGCUCGCAGCUCCACCAAGCCAAAGAACUGAACCGGUUCGGAAUCGCAGCUACCGGAUCUGCCGCUGAUCUAGGUUGCACCACGCCGAGCCUGAGCCAGAACAUGUUUUUCACCGGCACCAACUCCACCAUGAUACCCCUCUCGUCGGAGGCGGUCACGAUGGGCGUGACUAACGCUGCGGCAGCCGCCGCCGCUGCCGCCGUCCAGAAUGCCGUUAGGACACCGCCCGCCCUAUGGCAGUACCCCGGAUGCCAACAACAACCACCACAGCAGCAGUCGGUUCCACAGGUGACUUUGAUGGGUUCGGCUGCUCCUCACGGUGGUAGUUGUGCUUCGGGUUUGCCGGAGAAAAAAGUCGUUGGCUAUCUGGUACUGGACCGGAUUGUUCCGUCCCCAUCGGAGGACGAUCUGAUUGGAUCGACUUCGAUGAAGAAAGCCCCGGUCCCGAUGGAAUCGAUGCUACCGAUGCCGCCGAUGCCUCCGGUUGGAUUCCAGCUGGUUAGGGAUCCCAGCACCGGGCAAAUCCUGUUUCUUCCAACGACGACCACGAUAGAUAAAGUCUACAUUUCUUGUAUAGACCCAUUCCCGCAAACGGUGGUAUGGCCGUCGUAUCCCCAGUCAACGGCUGCCAUCCAGCCUCCGCAUCUGCUGUUGCCACAAAUUCCGCAACAGCAACUGCAACCUCCACCGCUGGCACCACUGCAGAUGCUCAGCUCCGAUUAUCUGGCAACCGCCAGUAGUACAACCUUACACCAGCAACAGCAUACCCAAACGCAUCACAGUACAAGAUACGUUGCCCUAACCUCGGACGGCAACAAACGAACUAGUAGCAACAAAUCGACGGCCAGCAACAUGUCCAUGCCAUGUCAGCCGACCAUCCCAAUGCCGAUACCAUCGCACACCUUUAUCAAAAUUGAAGACUGUAGUGGCUCGGCCGCAUCUAGUUGUAACAAUUCCACCCAAAUCUUCCAUGAGCAGGAGAAAACCAUCCAAACUGCAACGAUCGCAACUUCUCCCGACAUUGCCCCUCAGUUAUUGUUCCAGCAGGGCAAUCUCAUCCAGAUUACUCCCUCCGCCAAGACUACGACAACCUUACUGGAGCCUCCUGCGAUCAUGCCUGCGAUAGAAACAGCCGUCCCCAACCCAAUGACUCCUCCUCCUUCCACAGUGUCCGCUUCGAUAGCUCCGAGUCCUCAUCAACCAGAACUUCCGGCUGCCACCUGUCUAACUCCUCCGCCAGAUCAAUCCAUUUGCCAACCCGAAGACGCCGAAGUAGCGUCCUUGAACUGUGCAGCUCCGGAAGUUCAAGAUGCAAACAUCCAAACGGACACUCCCAUCAUGAGCGAGGACGACAAUACUGUUGAAACUGACGAAGUUCCGCAUCAACAGGACGCCUCUACGCUUACUCUGCCGACGAACCCGUCGGACGAGGCUCCUUUCCCCGAAACAUUCGUCCCUCAACCUACCGUCGUACCAACCGAAAUGCUGUGCCAUAGCAUCAUCAAUAACAGCGGAGACUCCGCCAUCGAACCGGACAUGUCCACACACUCUUCGUCCGGCACUAGCCUAAACCUUAGCAAUACCAGUAGUACAAACUGUGAUCAAACGGAAAUGGAGCCAGCAGAUAGCGUCAACACUUCUGCCGUCUCCACCGUACUCCCCGAGACUCAACCACUCACCGUUAAUGCCAACUGCGGUCUACGGAUACCGAAGCUCGAAAUGCUCUCCCCUGUGGAACCUCCCAUGCCCCCAGAACCGGAAGAAUACCAUCCCGAUCCCAACGGCCCCAGUCAACAAGAGCAUCCCGUUGACCUUAGCGGACUCGAACUACUCUCGCGAAGCAUAGAAGUCUUCCAGAAGAAAGCGUCCAUGAUCAAGAAAGAACCCAUCUCCCCGCAGCUUCCACCGGAACCUCCACAGCUCCUCCCCCUAGCUCCCCCCUUAAUCCCGACCCUUCCGGAACCCGAGCCACAACCUCUGGUCCCACAACUGCCAGAACCUCCACACCCCGUCGUCAUCCCCGCACCAGUGACAGAUGCCUUCAUCCGAAACGACGAACCCAUGGUUGGCUUGAACCUGCUGUGCGCCCUAGCCGAGCAGCGCUUCCAGGAGGAAGGCAUGUUCAAAAAAGACUCCCCUGCCGCCACCACCACCACCAACUUCUCCCCGUCCAUGUCCCCGGCAAAUGAAAAACGUGACCAAUCGGCCGAGUCCUCGUCUCCAUCGCAGGCCCCGCUGGCGGCGGCCAGUCCGGAGAUCCCGUCGCGAAAGCGGAAGCACAAACAUUCCAAAGACUCGCGUAAAUCCAGCAAAAAGUCCAAGCACGACAAGGAACAGCGGCGAGAUCGCAAACGGAAGCACAGCUCCGAUGCGGCGAACGAAGACGACGAAAUCGAUGGGGAACUGAAGCAGAGCUUCUCGCGGAUCAAGGCCAAGCUGGAGAAGUGUAGCUGCAAGGAUGCGGAUGAAAAGGAUCAUCGGUGUAGCGGAAAGACUACGUGGCCUUCGUCGGCGACCGAACUGUUUAGCGUGAUCGAGAGCGACAUGAAGGAGAGGCUAGUGAACAUUACGAGGCAAUGCGAGGAGAAGAAACGGGAGCUAGAGCAAAUGAAUUCGACGUCAGUUGCCAAGGUGAAACCACUGACAGCGAUGGUUCGGAUACCGGACAUAGGAAAGUCGUACUUUGGAGGGUUCAACCCCAGCACCAGUGGACUGAUGAACGGAAGUUCUGGCAGUGGAACUGCAAGCAAUGGCGUACCAGCGCCUACACUGUUGGCGCCAAAGCUAAGUACAAUUCCGGCCCUUUCGCCGAAUUUCUCAUCCUCAUCCAACUCGACAACCUUCGUCGAGUUGCCGAAGCUCAGUUCGGACACCGAUUCUAGCAAAUUGGAAGAUGUGGAUUCGUGUUCCAUCGAGAGGCUAUCAUUCUCAAAGCGGAAGGGAGGAAUCCCGAAGAAGCAUGACGACAUCGCCCUGACGGAGACGAUCGUCGCAAAGAAACCCAAGAGUUUAGUUGGCUACAUCCUAGCGUCGAAGAACCGCACAGGAGACAGUAAUGUCAAGGAGUCUGGUCAUCACAAAUCGUCUCAUCAUCACCAUCACCACCACCAUCACCGGCAAAGUUCGACAGCUGGAACCGCUACAAGCAGUAAGGGACAACAACCGAGCGAAGUCAAGCAGAAGAAGUCCCCCAUCCAUUCGUCCAAGUUCGAGAGUACGACAAGCGACGAUACGAGCAACUUAUCCGACAGCUCAACCAAAGCACAGGUAAAGAUCAAGUCGCCUGCCUUCAGCUUUGAAGAUGAAAACAGCAAGCCAUCCGAUGCGGCCUUCUCGAUCUUCGGCGGUAAACCAUCGAUUUUCGACAAGGUCAAGACAUCGCCGAUGAACGCACUGAAGCUGUCUCCGGUGCAAGCGGUAGUCACCCCGCUGAAGCACCACCACUCCAAGCACAAGAAAUCGCGCAGCAAGGAGCGCAAACGGCGAAGCUCCGAGAAGAAGCGGAUCGACCAGAAGUGUCUGCUUACGAGCGACUGCCUGAACCAGAACAAGACCCGGGUGUUGACCGCCAUGGGAGGCCUGUUCUACGCUGGAUGCUUGAGCGCAGUUCAGCCACCGGAUAUCUACGCCGUAACGCUUGAUGGCGAACGUGGCAAUAGGCCGCACAUCAUGUCCCGGGAGGAAGUGCUUCGUGACGCGAUUCUGGAGGUAGCGCCCAAAUCGGUGGAUGAGAUCAUUCCAGGAACCCGGCUAUGUGCGUACUGGAGUCAGCAGUAUCGGUGUCUGUACCCGGGAGUGGCCGCUGAGCCAACGUCCCCUGACCCAGAGAAGCGUUACGUCAACGUGGAGUUCGACGACGGAGACAGUGGAAGGAUCGCUCUGGAGGACAUUCGAUUCCUGCUCAGUGAUUACCCGAUAGUCGAAUACGAUCCAAAUCCUCUUCUAUCGCUAGGCAAGAGAAAGCGCCAGCCAAGUGUUUCGGAAGUGGGUACCGCGGGUACGACCACGGCCGGAACGACGGCUAGUGCUCCAUUGGCAGCCACCGCCACCACCAGUAGUACAACGACGAUAACCACGACCAACUGCUUCGCGGUGGUCAGUGAUCGAACGGACAAGCGAGUUCACGAUGACGCUUACCGAGAAGAACGCCGAAGGUUGAAGAAGAUCCGUAAGGACAAGCUUCGCCGGCUAGCGGCGAACAAUGCCGAGCUAGCGUCGGCACACAAGCACAAGAAGAAAUCUAAGUGCUACGACGAAUACUGCAAACAUCGGAAGCACAAGAAGCGGAGAAAGCACAAGAAGCAUCACCGGGAGCACGAUGUUCCGUCUUCGCCGGAUCAGGCUGCGGCCGGUUCAAUGGACGAUGACAUAUCGCACGAGGACAGCGCAUCGCAAACGGCAGGACCGUUCAGUCCGGCAUCGGUAGCGGACGUGCCCGUAUCGGAGGACAAGGCCGAAGAAAAGGAGCUGUUUAACCCCAGCUUGAAGGAGGAUACGAUGACCGAAAACGAGGAAGCGAGCUCGUCGAUUACGGAAAGCUCCGGAUCGUACUAUCAACCGAAGAAGUCGGCGGCAUCGGAAAAGUCCGACAAGCGGCAGUCGACGGAGAACAAUAGCAAAAUUGCGGCGUUCUUGCCAGCGCGGCAACUGUGGGCUUGGUGCGGCAAAGGCUACCGGCGAUCGACCGGCCGCGUCAAGAAGCAGUUCUACAAGUCGAUCCAGCGCGGCAAGGAAACGAUUUCGGUCGGUGACAGUGCCGUAUUCCUGUCCACCGGUCGCCCCGACCGGCCCUACAUCGGUCACAUCGAGUCCAUGUGGGAAACCUCCACCAACAACAUGGUGGUCCGCGUCAAAUGGUUCUACCAUCCGGAAGAAACCGAAGGAUGUCCCAAUCUGAAAUAUCCGGGUGCCCUCUUCCAGUCGCCGCACGAGGAUGAAAACGACGUCCAGACGAUUUCGCACAAGUGCGAAGUGCUGGCCCUCAGGGAGUACACGGCCAAGUUCGGUGCGGAUCCGAAGCAGUACAGUGCCAUCUACGACAACAACGAUACGUACUACCUUGCCGGGUACUACGACCCCACGGUGAUGACCAUCAAGAUGCAGCCGGAUAUCGAAAUCCUGCCGGGCGAGGAGAAGUGGGUCAAAACGGAUAAUUAGAAGUUAUCGAUGAGCGUUAGGAGCACGGUGUGCAAUGUUAAAGGUACUCCCUCGUGAGACAGCAAUACUACUUAUGGGGAUGGGAGGUUGUCGGCAGUGCCGAUUACAAAGUUAUUGAGUGUAAAUAUUUGCAAAAAGACUAUACUGAACAGUUGUUGUAACUUAUUUCAAAGACUUGGAAUCGUUAGCAUUAGACGUAGGCGCAGAAUACGAUCCGGUAAAGCCGGACAGCUAAAUGUGAACUAGUGUCACUUUAUGAAAGUGUUUUAGCAUUAGAGUGUACAGCUUAAAUCUUUGAGAUUCUUCUUAGACUUGUAAAUUGCUGUAAAUAAGUUUGAACUACGAUUAAAUAUUGAUGUUAGUAUACUCUUUAAAACAAAAACUGAAAUACGAUAUCAGUAGCAGUAAGCAGAAAAUAUAUUUUUCUACGUGGAGAGAUUUUUAUGCUUAUCGUGGAUAUAUAUCUAGCGAGUCUGUGGAAUUCAAAAGAGAGCUUUUCGGAACGAAAUUUGAAAUACCUCUGCUAUACAUUGCAUCAGCGAACAAAAACAAACAAACAUUUUGGAGUGAUAUUAGAACAACAAAAUUUAAGCUAAAGGAAAUAUCUUAAACAUGUCUAGAGAGUAUUGUCCAAAUCUGUAGACAACUAAUAUUUUCGGUUGUGUUUGAAUGUACAGCAGGGGUGCCAACCAAAUUCAAAAUUCAACAUUUUUGACAGAUAGAAUGGUUGCCAUAUAUGCAACAUCGAGUAAUUCUCGUUUAUAUCAGAUAUCUUUUUAUGCAUUGUCUUUGAGCUCAAAUUCGUUAUGCUUCCAACCUGCCGGUUCCGUAAUCGACAACAUCUUAGCACCGCUAGCGAAAAUCAACCAAAUUUGGCGGUCUUUCGGACACGUUUUUGGUCUCAUCCACCGAAAUUCAGUUCAACUGGACUUGUCCGAGUCUUGCAGUGUCUUCUAUCGAAACUCGAUGGUCGCCAUGUCCUAUUUGUCGACUUCAAUCCAAUCCAACCUUACGGUCAUCACAACGCGCUUUCAGUUCAUUCAACCAACAGCUCAUUCCGACUCGGUCAUCGCGACGCUUUUUUUUACAAGCAGUUAAACACGUCUUGCCGUCACUUACUAGGUCGCAUAUAUCGAAAGUCCACAUCUGCAAUGUUUGAUGGUCGUUCCGACCCACUUUGAUGUCAUCAAUCGAAAUCCAGCUUACUUCGACGGUCAUCACAACGCGUGUAUCAACCAAUUCCAUUUGUAUAUCCCAUCCAUUCUGAAGCAUUUGAAUCCAAAGACAAAAUGUAGACGGCAGUCUGAUUUUAGCGAGAGCAACUCAAUCACAAAUAGAAGCCUACUUACUUAAAUGAAGUCCUUUCAACUUGAUCUCUUAAAGCAAACAUUAAUUGGUACAAUGAAAUCCGUUUUAAGCAAAUACUCUAGUAUUAAUAAUGACAAUUGUUGACGAAUCUACAUCUACUUAAGCAGGAUAGAGAAACAAUCGGCACUACACUCAAUAGCAUGGGCUAAUUUAUUCAAAGUAGAAACUAAACCAAGCAAAAACGAACCAUAGUGGAAGGCAAUACAAAAAAAAUGCUCUCAAAUAGGAGCUUGUAACAUUUUAGAAGUCUGCAUAUGCAAAACAAUUAUGAGUUGACGAAAUGCGACAAACGAGAAACCCAGUGGCAAACAAGUAGAUACAGUUCCCUUCGUUGUUUCUGUUAGAUCGAUGUAAAUAUAUUAGAUUACCGCAAAAUUCGAUGCAACUUAUCAAGAGAUCCACAUUUAUCCCUGAAAGUUUCAGUAAAACCCUGACGAGCUUCAAAAUGCUACACUACAAGUUUAGCUCCACACACACACACACACAUACCAACAUAAGGAGAAAUAAAAAUGUUACGGUUGAGUUAAAACACAUGUUCUAGCGCUAAGUUAAGUGAAACACACACACACACUAAUUUAUACAAAUUGAUGAAUUUUCUUCGACGCUGCUGAAACGAUUACUCUAUUAUUAACUAUUAUGUAUUAGCAUCCUAAUUAAAUGUGUAAUAUUAUUAGCUGUGUAAUAGGACCUAUCCGCAAGCAAAAAAUUGGAAUAUCGGAAAUCAAAAAAUUGAAAUUUGUAUGUGUGAUGAGCGAGGGAAGGAGAGGGCGGAAUGAUAGAGUGAGAAAACGCGAGAAUAUAGCAUUUACAAGCGAUACGUGAGAAGGUAUUGAAUGACGGAGAAGUGGAACGAACGCUUAGUUUUAGGUGGUAUGAUUUAUCCCGUGAAUGUAUGUGUAACGUAACAGUAAUAAAAAUCAUUCUUGAAAUUGGAA